AUGUCUGACCCGUUGAAAGUCGCACUGAUUCAGCUGUAUACAGAUCCAACAGACGUUUCGGGGAACUUCACUCGCGCAGUUGACUACAUCCGCAAGGCAGCUAGAGAUGGUGCUAAUAUUGCCGUGCUACCCGAGUAUCAUCUCGCCGGUGCUCAAAACCAGCUAGAGAACCCCCAACAGGCGGUGAAAUAUUCUGCAGAAUACUUGAAAGAGUACCAGCUACUCGCCAAAGAACUUCAGAUCGCCAUUGUUCCAGGCACCAUCCUCGAACCGUUGACGACAAAAGCACAUGCUGCCGGAGACACCAAUGGACCGCUAGCGAAUGUAGCAUACUUCAUAGGGCCGGACGGACGUCUCCUUGGACGCUAUCAAAAGAAGAACUUGUGGCAUCCCGAGAGACCAUAUGUCACGGCAGAUAUUGAAACGCCACAUAAGGCGUUUGACACGCCAUGGGGCAGAAUUGGCCUCCUUAUUUGUUGGGACAUGGCCUUCCCAGAAGCAUUUCGAGCGCUCAUCGCCGAUGGAGCACGUAUUGUAAUCUGUCCGUCCUGUUGGUUGGUUGAGGAUGGCGGUGAGGGCCGAGAGUUCAAUCCAUCUUGUGAAUCACUAUUUCUCGAGAACGUAUGUGUAGCGCGAGCUUUCGAGAACACCUGCGCAAUUGUUUUUGUCAAUGCAGCGGCUCCGUUGGGCAGCACGGAUGGAAAAGAUCCGCAGGGGUAUGAGUAUGCAGGAUUGAGUCAGGUAGCGAUACCUUUACAAGGUUCGCGGGGGAGACUGGGAACCUCGGAGGAAAUGCGGCUCGUGGAGAUCAAUACGAAGGCACUAGAUGUGGCAGAGAAGGUUUAUAAAGUCCGGGAAGAUAUGGCAAAGGUUGAGUGGCAUUAUCCGAUUUCAUAUCAACCCAAGAAGCCAACUCUGGCUUAG